AAAAACAUAUCAGACCAGCUUCAAUCUGAUUAAAGAAAGUCACCUGAAAAAUCCUGAUUUUACUCCUCGUGCAAUGGCUUGUGUCGGCCGCUUUCACUGACAGUAGUGAGUUCCAGCCUCUGUGGUCCCCAUCUCCCUGUCAGCAGUCUACCAAAAGGCUUCAGCAUGCUGCGAGAGAGCUCCAAGGCGUGGAGCAACGGCUCAGAGGCCUACAGCAGCGAUCCCGAGGAGGACGAAGAGGAGGAGGAGGAGGACAUGGUGUUUGGGGAGAACAAUCAGGACGGCACGGCGGAGGAGAUGAUGGAUCUGAGCGACCUCCCCACAGCUCUCUUUGCAUGCAGCGUCCAUGAAGCUGUGUUCGAAGAGGACGCGCACAGGGAGAGGUUUGAGGCGUUGUUUAGGAUCUAUGACGAACAGACGACUUUCCAGAUGUUCAAAAGCUUCCGGAGAGUCCGGAUCAACUUCAGCACCCCAGAGGCCGCUGCCCGCGCUCGCAUCGAGCUGCACGAGUCAGAGUUCAACGGCAAGAAGCUGAAACUGUACUUUGCCCAAGUCCAGAAUGGUGAUGAGGACAUCGACAAGUCGUACCUGGCCCCUCCCCAGCCCGUCAAACAGUUUCUGAUCUCGCCGCCUGCCUCGCCACCAGUGGGCUGGAGCCAGAGCGAAGAUGCUACGCCCGUUAUCAACUACGACCUGCUGUGUGCAGUAGCCAAGCUAGGACCUGGUGAAAAGUAUGAGCUCCAUGCGGGGACAGAGUCCACCCCCAGCGUGGUCGUCCAUGUGUGCGAGAGCGAGACAGAGGAGGAUGAGGCGGCGCGGCCAAAGCAGCAGAUCGUCCAGACCAGACGUCCCGACGGACCCCCCAAAGUCUUCAACUAGAGAGGCUCCCCCCCACACACCCCGACACCGGCGCGGCCCCCGACCGCCCUUUAAACCCGCAACACACCUGCCCUCUCUCUCUCGUCUCUGCACUCACAGAGAGCGUCGAUGCCCCUCAUUUCAGUUCAACUACAAGCAAAAACAAACCAACAAACAUUGCUCGAAGACGGUGUUUGUGGGGAGCGUGGCGAUGGAAUGAGGUGGCUUGAAGGGGAUGGAUGAGAAUCACACACACACUCAUCACAUUCUGCGGACAGCGUGGGGAGUGGCUGGCACGCUUGCCUCCACCCCACCAACCCCCCUCGUUUUCAGCAAGAGGGGUCCAAUUACCUGUCCCAAUGCAGGCACCUGUCACUUAUCACACACACUCAGCUCUCAUUGCUAGUCCUGCUCAGUAGCUUGCUAGUUAGUUAGCUUGUUAGCCGUACCUCUCCCUUCGUCUCACAGUUGUGUGUACAAUAACCUUUGGUUGAGGACAUGCGUUACCUCUAAACAAAGACAUUUUUCUUUUCUUUUUUUAUAAUAAGUUGUUUUCAUUUAUAUAUAAAUCUAUAUAUAUAAAAAUAUAUAUAAAUCUAUAUAUAUAUUUCAUCCAUCCAUCAUAUCUGCUGGUUUGUAGCUUCAGCUUGCAUCAAGAUUGAGUGUGUGAUGUUCCCGCUCUUGUCUGCAUGUAUAUACUGUAUUACAAAAAAUACGUACAGAAACACAAAUACUAACGAGAUAUAUCAAGAAAAAGGAACCUAUUUAACAUCACACACAGCACGAAGCACCAUAUGUGACUAACAAAGUUGUGGUGGUUGUUUGACUUUUUUCCCGCUCGUUUUCGCUUUUCGUCUUUUUUAUUUGGAGAGGUGUUGUUUUUUGCUAAACUACUAGAUGUGUAUUCUUACUAUGUAUUUGAUACCCCAGCACUUUUUGCAUGCUUAGUUACUGCUGUAGAUGAGGAGCUGAGGUGUCUUUUUUAUUGUUCUUUGUGAUGACAGGGAAAUGGUGUGAUGCUUUUGACGCAAGUGCAUAUCCCCACGCAGAGUUUAAAGUGACGUCUUUGGGAAAAAAAAGGCUUAACGGAUUUUUUGGAAGAUUGAAAGUUCAGUCUUCAACUUGAUGGAAAAUUUGCAUUUGUCCUUUUUGUUUUUUUGUUGUUUUUUUUGUUUUUUGGGGGGGUAUUUGAUGGAUCAGAAACAGUUCAUCCCCCUAAUUUUCUUCAAGGGGUUUGAUAUGUUGUUGUUUUUUUUCUCUGAUUCUGUUUGUUGUAAUUCAUAUCUUUAAUGUCUUGGUUAUGUUGUUUGAUCAAACCCACUUUCUAUGUGUCAGGUUUUCUUCUGAAACCUACUGCUUGUUUUGCACUGAGUAUCUCUUGAUAUCUCCAAGCAAUUGCGGGGUUCUCGAACGUCUCCUGCUGCGCACCAGAAUACUGCGCUGCUUUUCGCUGUAAAUAGCUGAGCGUAGCAUAGAUUUGUGGAAAUAGUCCUUUUAGAUUUUGUAGUUUACCUGGAAGCAUUUUGCUGAGAAAAGGGAAAAUUAGGUAGCCUCAUGAGAUAUCAACCAAAGCAUUUAUUCACCUCACAUUGUCAUCAAAACAUAAACUGAUUUUUCUUACUCAAAGACACUGCUGUAUAUUUGUUAAACCGAGAAAGAAAUCAUAUUUUCCCAACCUAACUGCAGUACUUUAUUGCAUUUUUUAUUUUAUAUUAACAUAAUGCUUUUUCUGCAGUAUGUUGUUCAGUGGAAACUCAAACAAAUUUCCACUAAAAAUCAUAAGGUUCUUACUUAAACAUUUCUCUUCUUUUUUAUUUAAUUCUCCCCACAGUCCCAUAUCAGAUUAGUGUGCUUCACUUACUCAUUUAAUGAAAUCAUUCAGUGCUUUAGAAGCAACAGGAACAAAUGUUUCUAACAGGGCUUUAGGGUGUCAGCAGUGAGUCUAAACCUUAUUUGUCAUUAGGCAGCAUGUAAUCUUAACUUUUUUGCAAUAUAACAAUAUUAGUAAGCAAAAGUCCAUCUGCAUGUGAGCACUUUAUUGUCAGUGUUUUGUUUGUUUCCUUGAUAUAAAACUGUCUUUCUUGAGACAAAGUAGGAAGCACAUUGCAUUUCUUCUCUGUUUCUUUCUUGUGUAUUUUUUUUUUUCUUCUUUUAUCUCAAGCUGAACACCUGGUUAGCCUUUUCACCAGCAUAUUGCAGUGAGUGAAACACUCCACUUCCUUUUUGCUAGUGUGAACCUUGGAGAAUUUCAGGCCUUUUGGAUCUAAGGGAGUGUUCCUACUGAAAACGUGUGGACAUGCAGUACAGUUAUAGGUUUAAAAUGAGGCAGGAUGAACAAAAUCAAUGUCUUUGUUUUCGUGUUUGUCCACAAGAAACAUUCAUCUUAUCUUCUGAGAAAGUUAAACAGUUCUUUGAAAUUCACCAUGCUGGCAGCGUGCAGCUUUAUUGGCACUACAGUAAAGCUGUCACAGUUAUCUAAGCAGAUAGCAGAUUGGUGGAACUACUGAGGUGGAUUAUGAUAAAGAGGAAGCGGUGGAACAGGAGGAAAGAAUUUUUUACUCUGGUCAUGGUGUUUAAAACUGGGUGUAUUUUGGUGACAGUUGAAAUGAAAAUGUAUAUUUAUGUACAUAUGCCAAGUGUUUUUUUUUUUGUUUUGUUUUUGUUUUUUUGUUGCUGAGGCCAGUCCCGGUGUGCAGUUUGUUACGGCUUCUCUUGGCAAUGUUGUAAUGGAAAAAAAUAAUUACAAAAAUGUGUAACAAUAAGUCCUGAAGAUGCUCGAUCAAAACCAACUGUCAUUGUGUUGUGUUCAACAGUUUAACAUGGACUCUGUUUGAAUGUUUCUUUUAUUUCUGGGGAACGUCUACUAAAAAGGUCAAUUAAUACAGUUUGUCACUGUUGUACUGUUUCUGUUGAAAUAUGAAUAUUGUGUCUUGUAUUGUAGGAAUCCAAAAAACAAAGUAGCAAAACAAGCAAUAAUUUACAGUUCUAUAAUACCGGUAUGUGUAUUUUCAUGUUCUGUACUUAUUUCUCAGAGAUGGUCUCUGUCUCUUACAGUAUCCGCUUCUAUUUGUGUAGUAUACUAGUCCUUUGUUUCACAUAGAGAAAUACAUAAAGACUUAUUCUUAAAA